AACCUUGGCGGAGGACAACAUGAGGCAGAUGAAAAUGGAGAGUCCGGCUGCCACCGAAUCACCCGACUCCCAAAACCCGGAAAAUUCCUUCGUCUGGGAUGAACAGUCUCAGCUCUACUUUCACGCCAGUAGCGGAUUCUACCACGACCCGAAUGCUGGUUGGUACUAUAGCACCCGCGACGGCCUCUAUUACAAAUUCGAACAUGGAAAUUACGUUCUUCUUCCCUCUCACCAGGGUGAUAAUUUGGAGACCAAUAAUAGUAGUGAGAAUCCCAUUCAAGAAGACCCGUUUUCAGCUAUAGGGAAUACGGAUUGCAGCAGCAGUGAUGCACUUGAAAAUCACCCUCCACCCUCGGAAUGGCUAGAGGAUACGCUUAUAGAACUAUAUUUGUCUGGUUAUCCCAACUCAGAUGCGAAUGCUGGUGAUCAUGAUAUGACAGUGUACCCCGAAACAUAUGUUCAUGAUGGGAAUAAUGAUAGUCAUGAUCUCAAUGAAUGCACAUCGAUUCCAGAAGACUAUGGUGCUGUAAUCGAAUCAAGUCAAAAUGUCUCUGAUACAAGUGGUUCAUGGGAAGAAGAGAACUGGCGAGCUCAGUAUGGACAGGUUGUUCAAGAUGCAGAACUACCAAUUCCGGAGUCCUCACUGAUAAGUUUAUGGGAGUGGGAAAUGGUCACAAAGCCAAGAAAUGAUGGAAAAGGUGAGGUGCCAAGACUUGUUGGGAGGUUAGCUAAACAGUCUGCUAAGCUUCAUCCUUCUCUGCCGUCUGGUGGUGGUCUUUUAAAAACUGCUCCAAUUUGUGAAGUGCACCUUGACCUAGUACGCGUCACAACAGGACAAGUCUAUAAAUUGAGGACCCCCAGUAAACGAUAUUUGGCGUCUUUAUCAAUUUAUGAUUCUUCGAACCCAACCAAGGACUGGGGAUUCCCAGAAUUAUCAAACAACAGAGAAUCCCUUCCCCUCCCUAAAUCCAGUGUAAGAAGUGGUUCCAAAACUGCAGAUGGAAUGACAUUCAGCAGGGGUUCAUCGUUGUUGCCAGACACAGCACAUGAUAAGCUUGAAAGCUAUCAAUAUAGGGAUAGAGCUGCUGAUAGAAGAGCCUUGCAUGGUGGUUAUGGUGUGGGUCCAGGACAGAAGAAUUCAGUAGAUGGCGAUAGUGAUCGACCAACGCCUUCUACAGAGGAAGCUGCAGCAGAGGCCUUGAAUAUGUCAUUUGGAGUGGGAAGUUAUGCCCGGAAAGUUUUAGAAAGCAUGGGAUGGAAGGAGGGGGAGACACUUGGCAAGACUACAAAGGGAUUGGUUGAACCAAUUCAAGCACAAGGCAACAUUGGGAGUGCAGGAUUAGGGUGGCCUCAGGGAAGAUUAAAGCAUCGUUGAUAACUUGAUAUGACUGCUCAGUUUACUAGUUGUAUAGAUGAUCUUCUCAUGUAUCUCGCAGUUGCAUGGCCUAUCAGAAACCAUAUUAUAUUGGAACAGACUGAAUGCUCAAGGUUUAUGUUUAUCCA